AUGAAGAGAAGGUUAUAAGCGUGAAAAAAUUAGUAUUGUUAUGUAACACAAGAAAAGAGCUUUGGGUUCUUGCUAUUGUUUCCAACAUGGCCGACAUGGGUGAGGAUCAGAUCACGACGUACAAAGCACAAUUACAGCAGGUGGAAGCAGCCCUGACCACAGACCCCAACAAUGAAGACUUGUUAAAACUCAAGCAGGACUUACAGGAAGUGAUAGACUUGUCGUUAGACUUAGCGAAAGCCGGUCAGAGCGGCACCGGUCCGUCCGGGGAGGGCGCCGCCCCACAACCUGUCAAGGAAUGGCAGGUGGGGGACAUGUGUAUGGCUCCGUGGAGCGAGGAUGGAGGGUUUUACGAGGCCACGAUAGAUGAGAAGCUUGAAGGAGGCAGAGUCACGGUCACGUUUGAAGGUUGGGGAAACAGUGAGAUAGCUCUGGACUACCAGCUGAAGUUACCAGAAGAAUCCAGUAAAAGAUCAGCAUCAGAAGCCGGACUGGGUGGGGACUGGGACAAACCAAAAUCAAAAAAAGAAAUGCUGAAAGCAAAACAAGAAUACAAGAAGAAGAAGAACAUGAAGAAGGCUCUCCGGCUCAAGGAGAUCGAAGAAGCAAGAGAGUCGGAGAAAAACAAAUGGCAAGACUUUAACAAUAAGGCCUUCAACAAGGGCCACAAGAAGGGAAAGGUGAAGAAGAGCAUAUUCGCCUCCCCGGAAUCCGUAGAUGGGCGGGUCGGAGUGGGCACCUGUGGGAUCGCAGACAAGCCGAUGACCAAGUACGAAGCUCCUCCUCAGUACGCCAGAUUCCUCCCUCCUCAGUAACAUGUCCGUAACCCGGAACUGUGUAACGCUAGUUCACCUUUCUCUGCAGGGUAACCUAUAUCCGUGGCUUUAAAAACUUUGUAUUUUGGGGUAUCAAGUCUACGAACUGUGGUUUAAAAUUGCA